GUUCAUGCCAGAACAUAAGCUUGCCCAUUUGGAAAAGGUAAUUGGUGUUAAAAGAAAUGGAGAUGCUUAUCAAUCGGAGGUUCUGCCCGGCCAGCAGAAGAGCAGAGCUUUGGGAUGUUUAAUGAAAAACAGCGACACGCAUCGUGAGUCUGGACUUUGUGAAGCCCAGCCUGGACUUUGUACCGCACAGCACGAGGGGCUGCCUUCCCCAUCACCAGCACCGCGGAAACCGAACAAGUCAGAGGCAUCAGAGAGCACAAAUCCUUGUCAAGAAGAAGAUAAGCAACGUCUGACUUUUAACCUCUGCGAUAUCUGGAGUGGAUGGGACUAUCAGCAAAGACCUUUACACAUUGCCUGGCCCCACAGGUGGUAA